CUUUUUUGAUCAGUUGCGUCGUCGACUGACAACACAAAACCGACCUCCCCUGGUGGUUUUUCUUACUCGCGUUCCAACUACGUACAUUUUUCAUCAACGUGCGAGAAGCAAAAAUUCCAAUACCACAAGACUCGUCCACGACCUCCGGGCAAGCAGGAAGACGGAGCUGACGCCAGCACUGCGAACGCACCAAUUGCGCAGAGAUCAAAGACGCAACCAGGUACUAUGUGCUGCUUUAUUUGAUAGAUAUUGAUGAAGUUGUUGAAACUCUUCAAACAGCCCCGCUUUCUCAUUCGCACCGAAUCACUACAAGAAGUUGUUUCUGUUGUAGUUAUGCCAGAGAAGAGCUUGUAAGAAGUACUUAGCUCUGCCUACUUCUUACACGGGCACUCGCACUGUGACUACACCGGAGCAGAGCGUACAACCCACUUCUACAGCGGGAUGAUUAAAACGUUUUCCAAUCCUCACACUGGAACACCGCACAGGACCACGAGAAGAUGAAGCAGCUCUUGUCCCACUGGAGCUACUCCACACGGAUGAGCAAGAAGAACAAGCUGCACAGCAUGAUUCUCGGCCCGCUCCUCGGCCUGUUUCAUCUCCAGAGCGGGCUACUGGGGCACAAAAAUUUGAUGGUAGUUGUUUCCGCCUCCGCGGCCGACCUGGUGUCAGGAGGACAUCAUGACGAGCAACUGCACGACAAGAACGAAGACCUACUUGUUCCUACGACCACUGUAUCAAAUGUAAAAAUGUCUGGGUCUGGAAGAGUGGAACUUGUAAUGCGUAUUUCAGAACACAGAAAAGUCUCUCAUGCAUACGUAGCAAAAGCUCCCACUUUUUGUCAGAAAAAUAGGGGACUUGUCAUGCGGAUUCGGCAUUGCGGAAGGUUCUCGAAACCUGUGAUGCUAGAGCUUCCAUGCCAGACCUUCUGUGUCAUGCAAAAACAGCAUGACUCUUCCAGACCCAGACAUUUUUGCAUUUGAUACACUGCCACUGCUACCUCCAUGCUUCCGACGCCGGUUGACGACGACGACGAUUUCGUGAAUGCCGAGGACGUAUGAAUUGCAAAAGACUCGUACUCGUGUAAAUGCAUUACAAAUACAAACUUCCUCAGCUGCAUGGGAAAUAAAAUCUGUAUCUGUAAUGCGGAUCUACCCUAAGAAACAGAUUUGUAAAUGCAUGACUGCAAUGAUCACUACGAGUGCGACACUUUUGCACAGCAUAGGACGAUGACGAGAGCGACUGGGACUUUGAGAGCUGCAUGGAAAAUGAACGUCUGACAUAUCGCAAGAAAAAACUGUUUCAGUGUAAACUUGUAAUGCAGAAAAUGUAUGUGAGAAGUGUUUGUCUUGCUACACAUGCAAGACAAUGGAUUUUUAGCUGUGUUUUCCCUUUGGAAUCUCGCAUGGCAAAUUUUCUUUAUGAUGUAGAGCAAACUUGUGAUGCAAAACUUGCAAAAUCCUUACAGUGAAGCACUUUUUUCGUACGAUAUGACACGAGCAAAGUUUGAUGCCGACAGGCGGCUGCCGGGCACGGAGAAAGAUGUUGUGCCCUCCGCCAUGCUAUCAACUGCAAAUAUGGCUGGUUCUGGAAAAGUGCACGGUUUGUCAUGCUAGGCUAGCAAGAUUUUUAAGUCUGUCAUGUACGUUACCCAAAAGCGCUAUUUUUCUGUGAUGCAGAACGCAGUUUGUCAUGCAGAAUAGGCAACACUUGGAAGCUCAGAAACUUGUCAUGCUGAGCCAUCAACAUUUGUGGCCUCCACAUGCUAAGUCACUCAGCAUUACAAUUUUCCAGACCCAGACAUAUUUCCAGUUGAUACAUGCUGCAGCGGAAGCUCUUGCCCGAGGACACUAGCACAGCAGGAGUUCUUGCAGGAGCCGCGUGGAACAACACUUCCGCUUCAGACGAAGAUCCUUCCGCUUUGCUGCAACUGACAGAGCGCGAGCGGAAUGAGAUUGAGAACAAGAAGAAGAAGAAGGAUUGUUGCGGACCAGACGAAAAGGACUACAGCGAGUCUGUCGAGGCGGGAAAAGGAAAUGCUUGCGGGAAAUGCUGCGGAAAGGCGAACGGCAAAAACUGGGCGAAAACCAUGUUCGCGAAAAACAUGAGGGUGAAGGUGAAAGAUUCCUGGUUCAAAGUGGUGGAGAACGGCGUUUACAAGGGGAGAUCCCGGUAUGGGAGUGUCAGGAUCGAAAUCGUCCAAGUUGAAACGGUUGAAGUUGAAAUAGUUUGUCAUGCAUAAAAUGCAACGCAAAAAUUGCCUCUCAUGCAGAGGACGCAAGAGAGGCAGACUGUAGUACUGGCAAGGGUCGAGAAUUGGGCUGCUGAUUAGCAUCACAGAGGAGAGCCCUUUUGCCCUAAACAGCAUGACAAACUGGCUUCCUGCACGGACAAAAAUUGUCAUGCGCCGACUAGAAACUGUGGGUCCAAUUGGUAUCGAUUUUAUGCAUUACAAGUAAUUCCAACUUUGUCGAUUUCGAUCCUGACAGUUCCAUACCCGGGGCGCUGGCUACACGCUUGCCGUGGUGAAAAUGGUGCGGAAGAGCGACAAACAGCCAUACAUAAUGAAGGUUUACCGCGCUAUCGAGGGCCCGACCGACACACUGCGCAAAAAGGGCGACCGACACAAAAUGAAGCACCGGUUCAAUUACUACAGAAAUUUGCGUUGGGUCACCAGGUCGGUCAACAAGUACUACGAGGACCACUACCGCGGUGCGGAGCCGGAUGGCGACCCAGCGUAUCUGCAUUUCGAAACGCUGGCGGACGAGGCGGUCAAAAUGGAAGCCCCUCUGUACUUUGAAGAUCUGACCAAGAAAAAGCGGGCGCGGCGCGCGGACGAGCGCGAUGUCAUUCCCCUCAGCGAUGACAAAGACGGCGCGGAGAUGAUGGUAUCGUAAGGGAAAAUCCCCCCCUCCUCCCCAUAGCGAAACACGACACGACCAAAGAACCUUUUCAAUCCUGAUUUGUGAGGACCACGACACAUCGUCGUCCCUGUCUACUUGCAGUGAGGCAACUUCUACCCCAGUGCAGGCUUCGCCGCAUUAGGGAGGCAGAAGUCGGUUGUAACGCUGUUGAGCACAGCACUACAGCGCAGACGCCCUUGCCGUGCUAGGCGCCUACGUCAAAACCUCUCUGCAGCUCAGGCUUGGGGUUACUUAUAUGCCCAGUAUACUAGUAGUAGGAGGCGGAUCUUCUGUGGUCUUGCAGUGUGUAGUGGCUACUGCAUGACAUCAAAUCGAAUUUUUGUACCCGCACCCGCAAAUCCAAAUCCGGCAUAAGGAAGGAAACGUCGUUUUGAACUGGGGACGAGGGGGGAUUUUUCAUUUUGAUAGAUGGGCCUUUUGGUCCGGUCCUCCUGCCUAUGCAUUGCAAAAGUAUCGUACUAGUAUAAACCAGCCAUGCUCCGGCUGCCGCCGGAGCGCAAGGCUGUGGGGCCGAGGCAAGAAUGUUUGCCGAUCGGACCACAACGCUACGGGCCUUUGCACAACGAAACAUACUGGAUUCCAGCCGCCCGUUUGCGCCGCGCCAAAUCGCAGGACCACUUGCGCGCUUCCCGCGCCUGGGGGCGCUCUGCGCAGGGAGCAGCUGCAAAGAACACCGGGGGCGAACAGAAGCCGCCCGGCGGGAGAGGGUAGCGCGAGAGGGUGGCGCGAGAGGGUUGCGCGAGAGGGUUGCGCGAGAGGGUGCGCGAGAGGGUGGCGCGAGAGGGUGGCGCGAGAGGGUACGCGAGAGGAUGGCGCGGAAAGGCGCCGAAGAAAACAAGUCCGCGAAUGGCCUGCAAUGGCAAACAUUGGCAGACCCUCUUUUUGACCUCUUUUAAGGGUCCCCGCUAAUAAUCCGGCUAUACUCGCGGGUAGAGGUCGACAGAGGUGGCCGAGAGGUGGCCAAGAGGGUCCGCGAGAGGUCGCCCCUUAUUCGCGCCACCUCCCUCCACCUCUGUCGACCUCUCGCGCCCCCUCUUUUUGACCUCUCUGCGCCCUCUGUGCCACUUAGGCGGCGCCUAAGGGUGGGCGCUUACUGGGGGCCUUAUUCGCGCACCCUCUCGCGGACCCUCUCGAACGGGGUCCCGCGCCACCUCUCCACCUCUGUCGACCUCUUUUCUACCUCUGUCGACCUCUUUUUGACCUCUCGGCCACCUCUCUGGGACCCUCUGACUGUCUACCUCUUUUUCCGCAUGAAUAUAAUGUAUAGUAAUCGCAUGACAAAUUUGCUCAGCAUGAGAAAUAAAAUUUGUCAUGGUGUUUCACCUUGAAACGGAGAUUUGUAAUGCAUGACUGCCAUUACUACGAGUGCGAUACUUUUGCACAGGAUACUGCCCGGAUGGGAUCGUGAAGCCGAUGAAGGACAUCCG